AGCUGGCGACACCUCGUUCAGGUUAUAAGAGAAGGUCGAGCAAGCGCAGAGACGGCAGUUUGUGUUCAAUUUAAAAUUAAAUUAACGGCUUCGUCAUCAUUAAAUAUGAUGAACGGAGCCGUGACUUUAACUUCAACGGAGGGUGUGAGAUUACCUCAGGAGCCGGGAUCCUCCUUGUGUGAACUGAACAAUGCCAUAUUAAAGGAUGAAGAGAAAGACAAAAAGGUUACUAAAUCUAACAAAAGCAAUAAAGAUGAGAAAAACAAGAAUUCAAAACAUAAUUCACCAUCUCUGCCUAAGACUGAGAGAGAACCGAGUCACAGGAAACGCAAGAAUAAUCUGGCAGGAAAUAACCUGAACAAAAAACAUAAGGAAGACACCUCAGAGAUGCAAAUCAACAAAGAAGUUAAAAUAGAGCAAAAGGAAAGCUAUGAUGCUACAGAAAAGAAAGUGAAAGGAAACUUACUGAAGAGAUCUACAUGUCAGGAAUCCUUUGAAGAUAUGCUCAUGGGUAUGGAUGAACAGCUGAAAGAAUUCUGUGCCAGGAAACAGAAAAAUAAGGAUAGGAAACACAAAGAAAGGGAAAAGACUAAUUCCUCCAAUAAACCACAAGACAAGGAGGAAAAUAACCUUGGCAGACCAAAUGAUGACCUGAAAUCAACAGGCUGUGAUAAUGGAGACACAGCUAAAAAACUAACAAGCAAAGAAACUCCAGCAAGGGAAGAUGACCUUUCUAAGGCGCAUAAUUUGAAUGUGAAAUCCGAGCCACAGAUCACCAAGGAAGAUUCUGGAAAUCAUGAAAGCGAGCAGACUGAAAAAAGUGAUGAGCAGAAGGACGAGGAUCCUUCUAUAAAGUUGAGUGAAGAACAAGAUCUGGAUGGAAAUGAGAUUCCAGUUGGAAAUAUUAAGAAAAUGAAAAGGGUCUACUGUAAUGCCAGUUAUGGACAUUCAAAUGACAAACUCAAGAAGCCAAAACUGGAGGAAACUGAAGAGGAUGAUGAGAUACCUCAGACAUCAUCUGCAUGCAUGGCAGCAAGAAGGAAUUCAGAGAAGCUAAAGAAGAAAUUGAAGGUCACAAUUGAAGAAAAGGAGGGAAAGCAGAAAUUGAGGAAGGGGGAAAAAAGCAAGACUCAAUUGAAGGAGGAGGAAGAGAAGAAAAGAGAAGCAGAAAAAUGGAAAUGGUGGGAAGAGGAGCACUAUGAAGAUGGUGUAAAAUGGAUGUUUCUAGAACAUCAAGGCCCAUUGUUUGCAGCAGAAUAUGAGCCGCUUCCUUUUGGUGUUGAUUUUUAUUACAAUGGUGAUCAUAUGAAGUUGAGCCUCGCAGCAGAAGAAGUAGCCACCUUCUACGCGAAGAUGCUGGAUCAUGAGUACACUUCAAAGGAAGUCUUCAGACAAAACUUCUUUCAUGACUGGCAGAAGGAAAUGAAUGAGCAAGAGAGAAUGAUGAUCACCGACUUAAAUAAAUGUGAUUUCACACAACUGCAUAAGUACUUCACUGAAAAAGCUGAGGCCAAGAAAGCAUUGCCCAAGGAGGAGAAACAGAAACUUAAGUUAGAGCAAGAUGCAAUCACUGAGAUUUAUGGCUACUGUGUAAUGGAUGGACAUCGAGAGAGAAUUGCCAACUUCAAAAUAGAGCCACCAGGGCUGUUUCGUGGACGUGGCGACCAUCCAAAGAUGGGAAAACUAAAGAAAAGGAUCAUGCCUGAAGAUGUCAUUAUCAACUGCAGCAAGGAUUCCAAGAUUCCAGAGCCUCCAGAAAAUCACCAGUGGAAGGAGGUACGUUUUGACAAUAAAGUAACCUGGCUGGCAUCUUGGACAGAAAAUGUCCAGGGACUCCUUAAGUACAUCAUGCUCAACCCAAGUUCCAAACUUAAGGGUGAGAAGGACUGGCAAAAAUAUGAAGUAGCCCGACGCCUGAAGGACAAGAUUGAUGCAAUCCGGAGUCAGUAUCGCAUAGACUGGAAAUCUAGGGAAAUGAAAUCACGACAACGAGCAGUGGCACUCUAUUUCAUUGACAAAUUGGCGUUGAGAGCUGGAAAUGAGAAGGAGGAAGGAGAGACUGCUGAUACAGUUGGUUGCUGCUCACUCCGUGUCGAACAUAUUAAAUUGCAUGAUAACGAUGGAGGACAGCAGUGCGUGGUGGAAUUUGACUUCCUUGGAAAGGACUCUAUUAGAUACUACAACAAGGUUCCAGUGGAGAAACAGGUGUUCAAGAAUCUGAAAUUAUUCAUGGAGAAUAAGGAUCCUAACGACGACCUGUUUGACAGAUUAAAUACCUCUGAUCUGAACAAACACCUUCAGGAGUUAAUGGAGGGACUCACUGCCAAAGUGUUUCGAACGUACAAUGCCUCCAUCACAUUGCAAGAACAGUUGGCAGAAUUAACUGACCCUGAAGAAAGCAUCGCAGAAAAGAUCUUGUCCUAUAACCGAGCUAACAGAGCAGUGGCCGUUCUCUGCAACCACCAGAGGACACCCCCGAAAACCUUUGAGAAAUCCAUGAAAAACAUUCAGUCCAAGAUUGAAGCCAAAAAGGAACAACUUGCAGUGGCUAAGAAAGAUCUGAAAAAUGCCAAGGUGGAUUACAAAGUGAAAAAAGACGAAAAAUCAAAACAGUUGGUGGAGAAGAAGAAAAAACUAUUACAGAGGCUGGAAGAACAACUAAUGAAGCUGGAAGUUCAAGCAACAGAUAGAGAGGAGAACAAGCAGAUUGCAUUGGGCACAUCCAAACUCAACUAUCUUGAUCCCAGAAUCACCGUUGCUUGGUGCAAGAAGUGGCACGUUCCCAUUGAGAAGGUCUACAACAAGACACAGAGAGAGAAAUUUGCGUGGGCCAUUGAUAUGACUGAUGAAAACUUUGAAUUCUAAAAACAAAACUCAUGUUUGCCUCAAGAAGCAAUUGCACAAUACCUCAGGGAGUCAAAAAAGCUGUAACAGUAUAAACAUCUGCACUUGUACACUGGUCGUUGAAUCUGUUUCUUUCAAUAUGUUUAUAUUUAGAAAUUUAUAUAAUUUUUCAUUUGCUUUGCACAGUUGGUGAGAAAUCUUCAUUGGACAGAAUUAAGAUGAAAGUUAUUGAAAUAUAUAAAGCUUAAUGAAAGUACAAGCUUUGGCUUAAUGGUGCUGUAUUGCACCUUGUGGCCAGAAGUACAUAUUAUGAAGUGAUGAGCUUCUAAAGAAAAAAGGAAACAUGCAAUUGUAUAGUGCCUGACUACAUCUCUCAAUCAUCCUCAUCCAAAAGUUCUUGAUAUUACCUGUAAGAACCCUCUAAUGUUUUUUGAAGUCAUGGGCAAUUUGUUCUAAGUAGGUGGUCCCUUUAAAUUUUUUUGGGCCAACCCUGUGCUGCCUCUGUGGGAACUUGAAGGUUGCUGCGCAGUGUCGAAGGAAUGAUGGUUACCUGUAAAGUACACAACAGCAAUUGUAGGUGAAUAUCACACAACAAUGCAGUAAUUGCAGUGUCUGUCUAGUUCAAGCCACUGACAAUAGCAUGGAGCAAAAAUAAAUUAGUAUUAGCAUUCAAAAUUAGUUGAAUGGAUAUCAAGUACUAUUAAACAAGAUUAGAAAAUUAAAGUGUCUACCCCUUCUGUGUGUAGAUUAUUGCUGGUCUCUGGGUUCAGAGUCAAGCAAUCCAUAUGAUUUAGGCCUAAGAAAACGAAAAGGGGAAACGAAUCAGUUGAUUGUAUGUUAAGAAAGGUACACAGUCAAAACAUUCUUAAAAAAAAAUUGUGCCUGUAGGUGGCACUUUACAACUGGAAAGGCAGCAUGCAAAAGACAAAGCACUGAAAUCAUCACCUCAUGCCAGAAACAACAACUGGAGUAAGAUUUUCAGCUAAGUAUAUUCUUCCUCCCCAGCACCAUCCCAAGAUCAAAUAAAUCUGAAGAAUCAGAACAGAAAUCUGAAAAAAAAAUAGGCCCACACAAAAACCAACUGUGUGCCAAAUCCUGGUUCGAUUUCAAUCAACACACUCACACUGCCACGGGCACAACACCCGUGUAAACGAAAAUAAUUGUUUCAUUUACUCAAAAUCUUAACAGCCUGUUCUCGAUUAUAAAUUUGCAUGUCCCUUAUUUGAAUGGAUUUUUGCUAAACCUUAAUCUAAUGUGAUAUCUGCCUAAUGCAAAUAUACCAGCAUAGAAUUAACAAAAUAACAGGUGCAAAACCUUCAAGAAAUUGUUGUCUUUAGAGUUUUUUGGCUGUGAUUUAACCAACUAUAAUUCAAGUGAAAACAUGCUCAAUCCAAAAAUAAGGCAGGUUUAUCUGAGAUGGGUAGAAUUGGUUUCUGACCCUGGGCCUAUUGCAGACUGGGUAAUGAAAUUGGUAGUACCUAUUAUCUAUAUUCAAAAAUCUCUUCUGACUCUUAGUGAUUUGGCCACCCUUAGCCUUAAAAGGGCAGAUCAGGAAAAAAUAAAUUCAAAAUAUCUUAUUCCAUUUCAAUAAAAUGUUUAUAAUAUUGUUCCAGUAAUACACAUGAAGUAAACGAUCACAAGAUAAGUGGAGAGGAGGAAACCCAUUUGACCCAUCUUUUUUCAUCCAUUCAGUGGCCAGAACUGGGUGGUGUAUCCAAGGUGCAAUCUGACAGAGCACGAUCAAGUUUGUUUGCUCUCUCCUCUGACUUACUGUUUUGGCUAUAUAGUUCAACAUCCGAUUAGCUUUUGUUGGUUACUAUCCUGCAUUAGUUUGUUAAGUGUUAUAUUCUAAUACUGUUCUGCAUUGGUUUAAGUGUCAUAUGUUAACUGCUAAGAUCCUUAGUUUUGUACUUGCUUAUUUCAACAUUCAUGGAAAAAGUGUGUCAGUGUUUUGGGUAUAUGCCAUACUUUUAAGCUUGUAUGAGUUCAAUUACACCCUUUUGUUCUGGGGACACACAUUUUAAUUCUACAAAUUUUGCAAUUUCUGAACUGAAUCUACUUCCCUUGACAGUUUAAAAUUAGCUGCAAAUUUUAUCUCUUUGCAUUGAGUUCUGAAUCUAAGUUAGAUAUGUAAAUUAAAAUCUUUAGUUUCCCAUGUUUAGUUUACCUUUUAAAACCAUUAACACAGGUCUUGGGGACCACAAAUGAAUCACAUACUAAGUGUAGACAAUCCAUAUAAUAUUUCAUAUAUUACAGGUGCCUAGAUUUCAAAAAGUACUUGAUUGGCCGUAAAUUGACUUCAUUAGGAUGUCCAGAGAUUGUCAAAGGUGCUGUAUAAAUGCAAGUCUAUAUGUAAAUAUUCACUGACUCUUCAACCUUACUCUAUAGUUCCUGUCUUUGCCUUUCAACCAUGUUCCAACAUGGCUUAUGUUUGUUUCCUGCUUCCUCAAGUAGGUUAAUGCAUUCAAUAAAAACAGGAAAUGAUUGAAAAA